AUGAACGCUCAGGUUUUGCCAUACCAACAGCCUAAUCCUAGAAGCGUGCGACUUUCCAAAAUAGCCCGUCUUAUCUUUGAUAUAAUUGCUUCGCAAUGGUUCUUCAUAGUAUUAGCGAUUUUUAUUGUUCUCGCUCGGUUUUUUCCAAAUUUUGCAAGACACGGAGGAAUCAUCCGUGCUGAGUAUAGCAUAGGCUAUGGUGCUGUUGCUGCUAUCUUCUUGAUCUCGGGUCUUUCCCUCAACACGAAAGAUUUCAUGAAAAACCUCUCCAACUGGAGGGCCCAUUCCACAGUGCUUACGUUCUCAUUUCUGAUUACCAGCUCCAUAGUUUACGGCAUUUUGACGGGAAUCAAGAAGAGGUACAAUCCCAACAUUGAUGAGUGGAUGUUGGUUGGUCUCAUCGUCACUGCAUGCUGUCCAACUACAGUGGCCUCAAACGUGAUGAUGACUCAAAAAGCCUCUGGUAACGAUCUUCUAACUCUUUCCGAAGUAUUUAUUGGCAACAUUCUUGGGGGUUUCAUAACUCCAGCAUUGGUUCAAUUGUACUUCGGCAAAAGCUCACCAUGGGCAUUUGCAAAUCCUGCAUCUGGCUCAUACCAAACCGUCGAUAUCUACAAAUCCGUGAUGAAAAGUAUUGGUCUUUCGGUGUUUUUGCCUUUGUUUGUGGGUCAGGUCAUAAGAAAUAUCUUUCCUGCAAAAGUCAUCUGGUUCCACAAGACCUUCAAACUGAGCAAAGUGAGCAACUUCUUGCUCAUCCUAAUCAUGUUCUCUUCAUUUUCGACAGCAUUCUACCAGCACUCUUUUACAAGUGUUCCCGCAGCCUCUAUCAUAUUUACUGCAUUUUUUUGUGCGGGAAUAUACCUCUUCUUCACGGCGAUAUGUUUUGCGUACUCUCGUCCUACAUGGCUGUUGACCUUGUUUCCACAAACCAACGAACAAGGUCUAGAUCGGCGGCCAAGAGUUUACAGAUUUCUAUACAAGAGUUUGAGGCCUUUCUACUAUUCACGAAAAGACACAGUUGCUGUUAUGUUGUGUGGUCCUGCAAAGACUGCUUCUCUUGGUGUCUCUCUGGUGACCGCCCAGUACGGGAGCCAGAACCCCAACCUCGGCAAGUUGUUGAUACCGUUGGUGCUCUACCAAUCUGAGCAGGUCCUUAUGGCCGGGCUUUUGGUGUUUUUCAUGAAAAGAUGGAUCGAAAACGACCCAGACCUCGUGGAAUCAGAUCCUGGAACUCCUGCAGAAACUGCUGAGGCUGGUGAUUCCACUUGGAUAGAGCAGUUGUCUCAGCUACCAAUUCGGCCAUUGAAGAAAGCGCAUGCAACAGAUGGUGUUCCUGUAUAG